GGAGGGAGGUGGGUAUCAUGUGAUUCGCUUUCCUGCUCCUUUAAAGCAGCCACAUGCACUCGAGGGCCGGCUACAAUCACAGCUCUCGGUAGGGAGGGAGACGGGUCCGGGCUUUCCCGGGCAAUCGGUGCUGAGGUUCCCCUCUUCCUUCCCAUCCCUUUGCAGCUUUAACUUUCACAGCCGCCGCCGCCGCAUAGAGUGCAGGAGAGAAAACACUGCAAAAAUGGCUGGGGCAAUUAUCGAGAACAUGAGCACUAAAAAGCUCUGCAUUGUUGGCGGGAUCUUGCUGAUUUUCCAAGUCGUCGCCUUUCUGGUGGGGGGUCUGAUAGCCCCAGACCCUACGGCUGCUGUGCCUUAUAUGGCGGCAAAGUGCAUAGACUUGCAGAAGGACCAUCAUAAGACCAAAUGGUUUAUACCGUGGGGACCUGACCAGUGUAAUAAACUCAGAGACUUGGAUGAAGCGGUGAACAGACAAAUAGAAGCGAAUAACAUUGUGUUUGCCAUUCACAUACCACUUCCCAAGAAUGAGAUGAGCCCCUGGUUCCAGUUUAUUCUCUGCAUUUUGCAUAUGGACAUUGCUUUCAAGAGUAACAACCAAAUUAGAGAAAAUGCAAAAGUUAGUCUUGAUGUGCACUUAGGAUAUCGUGAUGAUACAGUUAGUGAGUGGACAGAAAUGGCACAUGCAGUAGAAACCCGAAAGCUCAACUGUACAUUUGGUGCUCCAAAAACUGUAGAGCACGAAGGGAAGUUUUACGAUUGUGACUUUCUCCCAUUCAUGGAGAUUGGGACCGUAGCUCACAAAUACUAUCUUCUCAACAUUCGUCUUCCUGUGAAUGAAAAGGCAGGUAUUAAUGUAGGAAUUGGUGAAAUAAAGGAUAUCCGUUUAGUGGGUAUCCAUCAAAACGGAGGCUUCACAAAAGUCUGGUUUGCCAUGAAAACAUUCCUUACACCCAGCAUUUUCAUCAUCAUGGUUUGGUAUUGGAGACGGAUCAUGCAGAUGACACGGUCACCUGUGCUCCUGGAAAAGAUAAUCUUUACCCUUGGAAUCUCUAUGACUUUCAUAAACAUUCCAGUAGAAUGGUUUUCUAUUGGUUUUGACUGGACUUGGAUGCUGCUUUUUGGAGAUAUUCGUCAAGGGAUCUUCUAUGCUAUGCUCUUGUCUUUUUGGAUCAUCUUCUGUGGAGAGCAUAUGAUGGAUCAGAAUGAACGAAAUCGUUUCGCAGCUUACUGGAAACAAGUUGGACCAAUAGCUGUAGGCGCAUUCUGUUUGUUUGCCUUUGACAUGUGCGAGAGAGGAGUACAAUUAAAAAAUCCAUUCUAUAGUAUCUGGGCUACAGAUGUUGGCACAGAGCUGGCUAUGGCAUUUAUUAUUGUUGCUGGAAUCUGUCUCUGCCUCUACUUCUUGUUCCUGUGUUUUAUGGUGUUUCAAGUGUUCAGAAAUAUCAGUGGCAAACAAUCCAGCCUGCCAUCAAUGAGUAAAGCCCGCAGGCUUCAUUAUGAGGGAUUGAUUUUUCGGUUCAAGUUCUUGAUGCUGAUCACAUUAGCUUGUGCUGCCAUGACAGUAAUAUUUUUCAUUUUCAGUCAGGUGACUGAAGGUCACUGGAAAUGGGGUGACCUUACAUUUCAUUGGAACAGUGCCUUUUUCACAGGGAUUUAUGGAAUGUGGAACCUAUAUGUCUUUGCCCUGAUGUUCCUGUAUGCACCUUCCCAUAAAAAUUACGGUGAAGAUCAGUCAAAUGGCGAUUUGGGAGUUAAUACUGGAGAAGAACUUCAACUCACUACUACCAUCACUCAUGUGGAUGGACCAACCCAGGUUUACAAACUGGCUCGCAAGGAGGCCCAGGAAUAAUCACUUCAGCACAAUUUUACUUGUGCCUAAAUGCAAAUUACACAGCAUGAUUACAUAUUUUCUUGCAAGGAUUUGUUUGGAAUCAUCUGAAGGGUGCAUUGCAGAAAAUAAUGACUAUCUGGCAAGAACUAAUGGUAUGCUUAUUAUCCAUGUGUCUUUCCUGGGGAGAAUUUUUUGUCAAGUUUGAAUUCUUUUAAUUCUUCAUCUUGAGCAAUAUUCCCCAAUCUCAAAAAACGUUGGGUAUACAAUUUCCACAGCCGGCUAAACUAACCAGUUUGGGAAAGACUGGUCUUGAGUAUUAGCACCAGGAAUGAGGUGGGAGGAGUGAUUACUCCGUAAGUAUUUCCUCCUUACCUUUGCGUGUAUUUCACUACUUACCAACACUCCAGCUGCUGCUGCUAUGGAUGUUCUUGGGAAACUAAUUGGAAUACAUUAUAUGCUUCCUAAGUCAAGGUUUUAUACAACAGUCCCAGUGCAUAUGUCUGGAACCAGUUUAGUUAUUUGCAUCAUAUGUAGCCAGUUCAAUAUUUACAUACUUUAAUGAAUGUGUUCAUGACUUUUUUCAUAGUCUAGUGUAACACUGCCUUUUCUAAAGUUUGGUACAAAAAGAGGACAUUUUGAAACCUCUGUUGAUGUAUGAAUAUGUGUCCUGAACUCUUAACAAGUCUUUUUGGUGUAGAUAUCCUUUUAUAUACUUUUAAGAAUUCUUGUUUACUUAUAUAUAAUUCCAUAGAACUGAAUGGGGUGUGCAAGCGUGUAUGUAUGUGUUUUAAAUUCUUAUUUUCUUUCUUUUUUAAAAAAAUGCUCUAAGUAGCUCUGGGGACCACUGUAGUUCAUCUUUUUGUACUACAAAUAAAGUAUAAAAAUAUGUU